ACGAGUUUGGUAGACCUAUAAAUAAGAACUUGAAAAUUUGGUUUGACGCAGUCAACUUUUCUUCGUCUGGUCGACAAUAAGCAAGACGUCUGAAACACUUGUGAUAUCUUACUGACCAAACUACAUGAAUAACUGAAGAUGUUUUCCCUGUGUAUUGCCGCCGCUGUUGUGUUGUUCUUCCCUCUCGUUCCUGCCCAGCGGAGCGUUGUGCGUCUUCGAUCCCAAAAUUACCCCGAUUAUACUUGGGGACUUCAUCCUAACGGCGACGCAUACAUCAAGCAAGGCUUCAGCGGAAAUGUUUUCAAUAUUGUCCCAGGGUUAACCGGACAACCAGGUACAGUGUCCUUCAACUCCGUGGACUACCCGUGCUCCUAUCUCCGGCACUAUGGAUAUUUUGUUAACCUUGAAAGUUCAAAGAACCCAAGGAACGCUCACAUCUUCGACAAGGACGCCACGUUCUACCCUCGACCUAACAGAUUUAUCCCAGGGUAUACGGCCUACGAGUCGGUGAACUACCCUGGGUACUUCAUCCGCCAUGCUGGCUACAGACUGCAGAUACGUAGAGACGACGGCUCUCUCCUGUUUAAGAGGGAUGCCAGUUUCAAACCUGAGAUAAUUGAUUUACUGGAAAGGUGCCACACUUAAGCCUUUACUAUCCCAAAGACAAAGACGUUUGAUAUACGUCCAAAUAAAAUGCCGCAUUCAGUGAAAUAUGGAGACAUUUGAGGACAAUUAAUACUUUUCAUGCUUGAGUAAUUUUAAAAUGCUAGUAACUCGAUAAUAAAUGCGGAAACUAAGGAAA